AUGGCGAAAGGCGAAGUCGAUGCUCAGCAAGAGCUAGAGGAUGCAUUUGAAGCGAACGAUUUGGAUGGAUUUAAACGUGCUAUCACACGUGGUGCUCAGCCCAACCUCAGUUCAAAAAGUGAUGACGACAAUCAAAUGACCAUCUUUGAGAAGGCCCUAUCAACAAGAGGACGUCGUACAUUUAUAGAAGCGUGUUUGAAUGCUGGCUGCGAUCCCAAUUACGUUAAUCCGAAGCUUAAAAAAGCUGCCAUCCACUAUGUAAUCGAUUCAGGAAUCUGGUCAGCAAGCCAUUUUAAUGCGGCCAAUCUUUACGAGCUUGUGGAUCAACCCAACUCCAAAGUAGAUAUUGAUCACAUGUACGAGGGGGAAACAGCAUUAAGUAGAUUAAUCAAACUGGAAGUAAAGAAUCCUUCUGGUCGUCUUAAGGCCAUUGGAUUGCUAUUGAAGAAGGGCGCUUUAACCAAUAUUAAUGACAAAUCUCUCAUGCAACAAGUGCUACUCAACGAAAAAAUCUCACAAUCGACACGAGCGGAUUUGAUCUCAGCGUUUGUAAAGGCACCCCAACUCAGUCGUUCGGAUUAUUUCAAAGGAAUUUAUUUUCUUUUAGAAAGCGGUUAUCUCAACGGUGACAGUGACAAGUUCUACUUUUUCAUAGCGCGUCCGUUACUCAGUCUGCCUACUUCGCCAAUGCUCGACACUCUGGCGCAAUACCAAAAGACCAUUGUAAACUGGGAUAAUAAGAAAAUGUUGCGAGUUUUGCUUAUGGAGCACAUCACAUUCCAUACUGAGAAUGCACUCGAAGCAGUGCUUGCCACCCUGGAAAAGAAUUCGCCUCAGGAAAAUGAAUAUCUUGUGGAAUUGGCUGUCAAAGUUAAUAACUGGUCAACUGUUCUACAAUUGCUUAAGAGCAAAUAUCUCAACCUGAUGCCCAAGGGCACGCUUUUAAAAACUAUGAUUAUGCAGGUGAAAUUAAAACUGCUGAUCAAUGACCUGCGGCGCAACGAAUACCAGAAAUGUUUGCAGCAAUUGUUUAAGGUCCAGCGGCAGCAUAUCAAUGACUUCGAUGAUCAGCACAAAACGCUUCUGCAUUAUGCGGUGCUCUGUCGCAAUGAGAUUGCCAUAAGAGUGCUCUUGAGGGAGGGCGCCAGAUUGGGAGUGCGCAAUGGCAAGAAUCGCUUGUUGAUCGAGGAUAUCGAUGCCAAGCUUCUGGAGGAGCAUUUCGAUUACUGCAUCUUUGGGCGAGGUGAGAAGACCAGCCACGAGGAUUACGAGAUCAUCAUGAACUAUCUGAAUAUGACCAACAAGUACAACGAACUCGAUAUUGCUCCCAUUGCCUGCAUGGCCCGGUCGAAGGAGCUGUGUGCGCUGCUGGAGCAUCCGUUGAUCACCUGCUUUCUGCAGCUGAAGUGGCGUCGACUCUCUACCAUUUUCUUCACCAAAUUUACCAUAUACAUCAUCUUAAGUUUGUUAUUUUUGAUCCAUAUUUACUUGCGUUUCCCUAAUCGUAAUAACAACGAUCUUCCUAUAUGGAUAGUUAUGAUUCUGUUCAGAGUGCUGACUGGCUAUGUUCUUAUUGUGGAAGUCAUUUCUUUUAUGAUAGUCAAACAUUGGGGCAGUUUAAUCGAUUUUUCGCUGAUUCUUAUGCUCUACCUCACAAGCAUCGAGUGUGAAGAUGACAUCCAAAGGAUUAUUACCGUCUUCGCCAUCAUGCUGAUGUCCACCAAACUGAUUGAUCUUAUUAGUGCCCUACCUGUGCCUGCCAUAUCAACCCACAUGCGCAUGCUGCGCGAGGUGGCCAGUACUUUCGCAAAGAGCUUAUUACAGUACUCCAUGCUGUUGUUCAGCUUCAGCUUGUGCUUCUAUGUGCUGUUCUCCAAACCGAGCUCUACGGAUUCAGCGAAUUCUACGAAUUCAGCGAAUUCUACGGAUUUAGCGAAUUCUACGAAUUCAGCGAAUUCUACGAAUUCAGCGAACUUAACAGGUUCAGCAAACUCAACAGAUAAUGAUUUCAGACUCUCUUAUGCGGAUCUUAAAUUAUCGUUUAUCAAGACACUUGUUAUGUUCAAUAGUCAAUAUGAUAAUAUCGACGCUAAUGGGUAUUUCUGUAUUUUUGUGAUGAUCAUAUUCAUGUUUUUGGUCAUGGUCCUGACCAACUUACUGGGCGGCCUGGCUGUUGAUGAUACCCAGACUAUUCGGGCUCAAGUGGAACUCAAUGCCGCCAUUUGUCGAACAAAUCUGUUGAACAGCUAUGAAGGACUUUUAGACGGGAAUUGGCCUCGAUUGGAACGUGGGCUUCGCAUCUUUAAGAAACUGAUGAGAAUUCCUGCAGAAUCUACCUAUGGCUAUGUAUCCAUAUUUCCAAACCAAGAGAAUCGGGCAGAGGUGUGCAGUCAAAGGCAUAGAAAUCAGAGUAUUGUAGGUCUUGCGGAUGAAGGAGAUAAUGACACCUUUGGUAAAGUAUUUACCGUUGGUGCAAUUGGUUCGGAAUCUAAAAUGGAUGGGACGGACGAUUUGCACACCCGUGUCAAUGCAGAAGUGGAUGUCAGUGAAGUAACAUUCUCAAAGUCUUGUGUAUCAAAAAGUCACUCUUAUGAUAAUAUAACAAUUGAAAUGCAUACUGUUGCCCGAGCUCUUAAUAUUAUUAAAGAAAAAGAAAAAAAAGAUGUCGACGAACAACGCGAAGAGUUCAUAGAACAACGACUUGAGGAUAUGAGGAUGCUAUUGAAGGAGAUCAAAAACCAGUUGGACAUUAAGAAUCCAGCCAAUUGA